AUGGCGACUCCAACGCCAGGAAAGUACCCCGGUGUAGCAGCGACACCUCCCGUCUCAACCCCAUUUUCUACAUCCCAUCUAGCUUUUUCUCCCCAUGGACCGCGUUCUGUUGUGCCAUCUCCCUCUCAAAUCAAAAAAUCUAGUCCUGCAGGAACGUCAAUGUCGAAUCAAGCAUAUAAUAUGGGCAUGGUGGGAUUUGAUAGUCCAUCUGCAGCGUUGGCGCUGGGAAUGGGUGCGGAUGUCGUAGGAGAUUUGGGCAUUGAUUUACAAGGAAUUGGGGUGUUAGAUGGUGGGCCGGGAAAGGAUGAAGAGGAGAAGAGGAGGAGGCUGAUGGGCUGUGUGGAAAUUUUGAAACCUAAUAAAGGACGACUUAGUGAGGCAGGGCUCGAAAGAUUAGCACGCAGAGUCGGAUUAGAAUGUUUGUGGGAAGACAUGAUGGGAAGCGCCAGUAAUGGACGCACACUUAUUAUAGCAGGGAAUGCUCUUGCGCUCGACAUCGAUUUUGCGAAUAAUGUUGUCCAGAAAGUUUCACUCUCAUUUCCCGAUGCGCCGGAAUCAGUAACCAAACAUGAGAGGACAGCUUCAGAUAUACUUUUGAGGGAUCUACAAUUUGAGGCUGGGGAGAGUCCGUUGACCAAAAUGCUGGAUCGAUUUGCGGCAAACUUAGAGAGAUUAACUAUGUUGGAUAAAUUGAGUGUUAUACCUGGACUCAAUUGUCAUGAGGCGGUCGCGGGAAUCUUUUGCAGUUUGCAUAAGUUACAUACUUGGGAGUUGGGAAGAUUGAAGGAGAAUGAUAUGUUAGGAAUGGAGGAUGAGGACAUCGUGAGGGCUGCGAUGUGUAACAGGAGUGGCAUACCGAUUAUGCAUUCGAGAGAGAGACUAGGGUUAAGUCUCGAUUAUUGGCAGGAAAAACGACGGAUUCCAACAAAGGGGAAGAAACAGAAUAGAAAGACAUGGUCGUUAUUGGUAGAGGUUGCACCAUUACCUUCAUUGGUGGUGGGUGUAUAUACUCCUUUGCGCGUAUCUGAUAAAUGGAUAUCAGAUGAUGUUCAGCAAGCUAAUCCGGCAGUCGAUGAUCUAUUCCGAGCAGCCCAAUUACAAGGGGGACCGAUUUUGAAUUGGUUGGAACCUGACAAUACUCUUUUGCCGACAAAUCCCGAUAUCAAGACAAAUGAUCUGAACGACCAGACGCAAAAGUUUCCAGAAGCAAUGUUUGUUGCGAAAUUCGAUCCGCCGAUUAUAGUACCAUAUGCUAUCGCGAUGCAGAUAUACCAAUCAACGCAAACGCCCUUUGAUUUUUCAGAGAUCACAACGUUUGAUGGACUCAUGUUUCCGUUGAGUGCGGAGGAAGCUUUAAAGACUAACGAGACACAAGCCAGAACUAUCACCACAGAGAAAAAUAUCUCGGUUUGGGAUACAGAGGGAAGAAAGAAGGUAGAGCAACAUAUUAAUACGUUGUAUAUUGAGAAGAUUGAUUAUGGAAGGAAGGUAGAAGAGGUAUCUUUCAGUCAUCCUAGACAAUUGGUGGAGAUUUUGCCAUGCUUAAGACAAUUUGCUUUGUUGAGUACUGUGUUGAGAAAAAGUUUUGAAGCGGAGGAAAGUUCAAAAUCCAAAUCGAAAGGACCAUCAAAAUCUGAAACACUAUCAAAAUCUCCUGAUGUGGAUGCUAUAAACCCUCCGACGAAGAAACAGGAAUUUGAGGAUUUUAUGAAGAGUAUCACCACAUCACCGACGCCAAAACCGGUUCUAGAAGAGCCAAAAAAGGAGAAGAGAAACGAAUCAACGCAUCUAGAUGUUUCUUUAACAUUAACCCCAGUACCCAGGGUGGAAAUAGUAUUUAAGUUCAAGAAGAGGAGUGCGAAUGCGAUUUUCGAAAUUCAGGGGAAUGGCGGAGUGGUGGUUGUACAGGAGAAUAUCCUGCAUGGAAUGGGAGAGGAUGAAGCGAUGGAUGGAAUGGGAGAAGAAAAGAAGGCAAGAACAUUGACAAGAGAUGAUUUGGGUAGGAUGUUGGAGGUUUGUGAGGAUUUGGGGGUUUGGGUUGAGUGGGUUAAGGGGAGGUUGUAG